AUGAAUAUACUCGAUCAUGCAUUUGAAUAUUGUCAAUCACUCUCUUCUAUAUUACUUCCAAGUUCAACCAAAACAUUAGGUGAUUUUUGUUUUUCCAAUACUGAUAUUUCUUCAUUUACAUUUCCUUCUUCAAUCACUAUCAUCCCUCAAUAUUGUUUUUAUGCUUGUUCAAAACUAGCAAAUCUUGAAAUUCCAAUUGACAGCAACAUUGAAACCAUUAAAUGGCGCUGUAUUGCAGGUACUCGAAUAACAGAUUUUAAAAUUCCAUCAAAAGUGUAUUCUAUAGAAGGAGCAGCAUUUGAAAAUUCAUUUCUUCAAUCAAUCUCUGUUGAUAGACAAAAUACAAAUUUUUACGAAGAAUAUUCACUAUUGAUUAAUAGCAAAUUAAAAUCAGCUAUCUUUUAUCCUCCAAAGAAAUCAGGUCCAGUUACUAUUCCAGAAGGCAUUGUUGAAAUAGGAUAUGCUUCACUUUCUGGCUGCUUAAUAACAGGUAUUACUUUACCAAAAUCUCUGAAAAUAAUUUCUGAAUUUGGAUUACAAGCAUUGCAAAUUAAGGAAUUAGAUAUUCCAGAUUCAGUAACAUCAAUUGGAGCGUAUGCAUUGCGAGGCUGUACGCUAUUAAAAAGAGUCAAAUUACCAUCAUCAAUUGUUACACUCAAUAAAGGUAUAUUCACAAAUACUGGAUUAAUAUCGAUUGAAUUACCAGAUUCACUAAAAACAAUAAAUAGUGAAUGCUUUGUUAGAUGUCCAAAUUUGAAAGUAGUCGUAUUACCAGAGAAUUUGACAGCAUUGAAUGGAAAAGUAUUUGAUACAACAACUAGAUUAGAGUUCAAUGAAAAUUCAAAAAUUUACGUUAAUGAAUAUUAUGUUAUCAUGACAAAAGACAAUCAAACAGUUUCACAAUACAUCGGCGGUAACGAAGCUAAAGAUAUUUCAAUUUUAUCAGAUGUCACCGAAAUCAAAUCAUCAGCGUUUGAAGGCAAAAGUUUACUUACUAAAGUCAUCUUUGAAACAAAUUCAAAAUUACAAACUAUCCAAAACGAUGCAUUUUCAGGUUGUGAGAAUAUGAAAUUCAUUGAAUUAUCAACAAAACUCACGAAGAUCGGGGACCGAGCAUUUUUUAACUGUAAGAAUCUUGAGAGUAUUAGUCUCAGUUCAUGCACAAGCCUUGGCAUCCAUGCAUUUGAGAAUUGUAUCAAACUCACAAGUGUUUCUCUUGAAGACAGUUCAUUAACAACUAUUGGUGAUAGUGUCUUUUCAGGGUGUACUUCACUGACAAAUAUCAGAUUGCCUCAAUCUUUGACAUCUGUUGGCACAUCAUCAUUUUCAGGAUGCACAUCUCUUACAUUAGUUAUAUAUCACAAUAUGAUUUCAUCACUUGGAAGCAGUUGUUUCAGACAAUGCAAUCAAGUUCGUGUUGAUCUUAGCAGUUGUACAACUCUCACAUCAAUCAGUGAGUUUUGUUUCAGUGACAACACUAACUUAGUUGAAAUCAAACUUCCGAACAGCAUCAAAAUCAUUAACUCAUACAGUUUGAGCAAUACAGGAAUCACAGAAUUUACAUGUCCUAUAUCUCUCGAAACGAUUUAUCCAGAAUCAUUCUUUUCAUGUACAUCUCUCUCUACAAUCAUCAUUCCAUCAAAUUGCAAACUUUCAUCUAUUGGUGUUGGUUCAUUUCGAAACUGCUUCAGUAUUCGAAACAUCACAUGUAACAACAACAAUUACAAAGUUGUCACAGGUGCAUUGUUUGAUAUCUCUAUGACAUCUCUUAUCUUGUUCCCUCCUGCAUCUCCCGUCAAGUUCUUUUCACUUCCCGGCAGCACUAUGAACAUCGGUGAAGGUGCAUUCAUGAGCUGCAUCAAUCUUAUCACCAUCACAAUUCCUAAUGACAGUGUUCAACAGAUAUCACAGAACGCUUUUGAAGGAUGUCGGAAUCUGAAACUUAUCACCAUUCCAUCAUGCGUUCUUUCAGUUGGACGAGAUGCAUUCAAAGACUGCGAACAUCUUUCAUGUGGUUGUGAGAUUGAGAACCGAAACAAACAAUUCAUCACAGAACUUAUCACCAGUAGCAAACUUCCACGACGCUGCACUUAUGACUGUUUUUCUUUAUGCUCUAUCAAAAUUGUGAACAAUAUUCAAUCCAAUUUCCUCAUUCAUCCAUUUAUUAUUAUGAUUUUAUAA